AUGGCUGACGUUGAUGGAGCUCGGCCACCGACAGCUCUUCUGCAACCUUCUGCGAGCCCUCUCACUCUCACCAACCCUCUCCAAAGCGUCCAUCCGGUUCUCACUAGGACAUUUCUGAUUCUAUCCAAUAGUCACUACCUUUUUGAAUUACCGCCCAUCAUGUCCACCCUCGAGGACCUCGACGACCUGGAGCGUGAGACCAGAGACAAGAAGCAGGACCAGGGUGAUGACGGCAAGAAGCCCGGCGGCGACGAUGACGCCGAAAUGGAAGACGCCGAGAAGAAAGAUGAUGAGGAAGAGCUUUUGGAUGAGGAAAUCCUGCACUCUAGCACAGCAGACAUCGUCAAGCGACGAAGGAUGCUGGAGAACGAGAUGCGGAUCAUGAAGAGCGAGUUCCAGCGGUUGACACAUGAGCAAAAUACGAUGAGGGAAAAAGUCAAGGACAACCAAGAAAAAAUCGAGAACAACAGGCAACUACCAUAUCUUGUUGGAAACGUCGUCGAGCUUCUGGACCUCGACGUGGAGGCCGAAGCCGCAGAGGAAGGGGCUAACAUCGACCUGGACGCCACUCGUGUAGGCAAAUCCGCCGUCAUCAAGACCUCCACCCGUCAAACUAUCUUCCUUCCGCUGAUUGGCCUGGUUGACCACGAGCUGCUGAAGCCUGGUGACUUGAUCGGUGUGAAUAAGGACUCAUAUCUCAUCCUGGAUACACUACCGGCCGAAUAUGACAACCGCGUCAAGGCGAUGGAGGUCGACGAGAAGCCGACAGAGAAGUACACGGAUAUUGGUGGUCUGGACAAGCAGAUCGAGGAGAUCGUUGAGGCUAUCGUUUGGCCCAUGAAGGAGGCCGAGCGGUUCAAGAAGAUUGGCAUUAAGGCACCGAAGGGUGCCCUGAUGUACGGACCUCCAGGAACCGGUAAAACACUCCUCGCCCGAGCCUGCGCCGCCGAGACAAACGCAACUUUCCUCAAGCUCGCUGGUCCUCAACUGGUACAAAUGUUCAUUGGUGACGGAGCCAAGCUUGUGCGCGACUGCUUCGCCUUGGCAAAGGAGAAGGCUCCCUCAAUCAUCUUUAUCGACGAGCUUGACGCCGUCGGCACAAAGCGAUUCGACUCCGAGAAGUCCGGUGACCGUGAAGUGCAGCGAACAAUGCUGGAGCUCCUGAACCAGUUGGAUGGUUUCGCGUCCGACGACCGUAUCAAGGUCCUCGCCGCGACUAACCGUGUCGAUGUUCUUGACCCUGCUUUGCUGCGCUCCGGUCGUCUGGACCGCAAGAUCGAGUUCCCUCUGCCUAACGAGGAAGCCCGUGCCAACAUCUUGCAGAUCCACUCGCGCAAGAUGUCCGUGGAGGACAGUGUCAACUGGGCUGAAUUGGCCCGGUCAACGGACGAGUUCGGCGGUGCGCAGUUGAAGGCUGUCUGUGUUGAGGCUGGUAUGAUUGCCCUGCGGAAGGGAAUGAGCAAGGUUGGCCAUGAGAACUACGUCGAUGCUAUCGCCGAGGUCCAGGCCAAGAAGAAGGAUACCAACAUGGGCAUCUAUGUCUAG